AGAGAGACAGAUUAGCAACACACUGUUGCUUUUUUUCUUACGGGAAUGAAUAUAAAGAGUAAUACUUGACCUUAUUAUCGUAGUUUACCGUUAAUAUAUCCACACACCGACUCCGAAGCGUCGCUACCAACUGUCAGCACAGAGAAAGAGGAGGGGGGGGGAUGACAUGUCAAGGGCUGAAACUUAACGCCGGAAUUCUUGUUGAAGUCGACUGUAACGUCCGCGCCGCCGCAGCGCUGAAGGAGACGGAGCGGACGGCGACAGCCAGCCGAAGUUUAUUACUGUUUCCUCGAUAACAAAGAGGAGGAGGAGAAGCAGGAGGAGGAGGAGGAGGAGGAGAGGAAGGCUUGUCCUUUUAUUUUUUAUUUUUAAAUUUUUUUUGGGGGGCUAAAGGGGGUGUGUGUGUGAGAGAUUAUUCGACGCCAUCGCACGGUUAACGGUGUUGGAAAAGCGUUAAAAUGCGAGACAUCCGCGGUGUUUGCACGGUAAAAGGACAUGGAGCACGGAGAAGGAUCGUCUGAGUAACAGUGACUGUAUUCAGGACCUCUGCUUCGCCAAACCACCGCCGUCAGAUUUGAUCGAGCCAACUAAAUGUAAAGGAUCGUUCGGUUCGAGCUACCAUGGAUAUCUUUCCCCGGCCGAGCGGCGAAAUCCAGAGGAGGAACCCUCAGCAUGACUUUGAGCUCAUUCAGAGGGUGGGAAGUGGCACGUACGGAGACGUGUACAAGGCUCGAAACAUACAAACUGGGGAGCUCGCUGCUGUGAAGAUCAUAAAAUUGGAACCAGGGGAUGACUUUUCCAUCAUACAGCAGGAAAUCUUCAUGGUGAAGGAAUGCAUGCACCACAAUAUUGUGGCCUACUUUGGGAGCUACCUCUGUCGGGAGAAGCUUUGGAUAUGUAUGGAGUACUGUGGCGGAGGAUCUCUGCAGGACAUUUAUCAUGUGACGGGACCUCUCUCAGAGCUCCAGAUAGCGUAUGUCUGCAGAGAGACCUUACAGGGUUUGGGAUAUCUGCACAUCAAGGGCAAGAUGCACCGUGACAUCAAGGGUGCCAACAUACUUCUUACAGACAACGGAGAUGUGAAGUUAGCUGACUUUGGAGUUGCAGCCAAAAUAACAGCCACCAUUGCCAAAAGAAAGUCCUUCAUUGGAACACCUUAUUGGAUGGCUCCAGAAGUAGCAGCAGUUGAAAAGAAUGGUGGCUACAACCAGUUGUGUGAUAUCUGGGCUGUUGGCAUCACAUCCAUAGAACUAGCUGAGCUACAGCCGCCAAUGUUUGACCUACACCCAAUGAGGGCUUUGUUUUUGAUGUCGAAGAGCAGCUUCCAGCCUCCGAAGCUAAAAGACAAAAACAAAUGGUCCACUGCUUUCCAUAACUUUGUGAAAGUGUCUCUGACAAAGAACCCGAAGAAGAGGCCAACUGCAGAAAAACUUCUAUCGCAUGUCUACGUGGCCCAGACGGGUUUGACAAGGAGGCUCGCUGUUGACCUCCUAGAUAAGAUGAACAACCCAGACAACCACCAGCAUUACAGUGAGGUGGACGAUGAUGACCUCGAGCCCCUCUCUGCAGUCAGACACACCAUCCGCUCCACCAACAAACAAGCCAGAGCGGAGAGGACACGCUCAGAGAUAGACUCAAACAAUGGGACAGACCAAGGAGGGCCAUGCUCAAGUCCCAGCUUCACUGAGGGACACAGGGGGGACGCAGUCGACAAGCUCCAGUUUGAACCACCCCUCCGGAAGGAAACUGAGGCUCAUUCUGAAAUGGAUGUGAGUAAAGAUAAUGACUUCCCUUCCCCCUGGAGUCCAUUUGCAGAGGGAGGAAUAACAACCAGGGGACACAUGGCCCAUCUUGAAGAUGCCUUUGAAGACGUGGAGCUGUCAACCCUCAAGCCAGGGAAUCCUCCUCCUCUGCCCCCAAAGCCACGAUUGAACAGCUCAUCAGAGGAGCUUGGCCUUAACGAUGAGAGGUCUCUGACGGUUCGGAGGUUCCCUAACUCUGAGAACGGACCAGGCCAGGCGGUUCGCAGACAGAGCACACCUGAGCAGGGCAACAAGGGGGAGCACUCGUCUCCAGAUUUCCUUUCUGCCAGCGUCAGCAGCCCCGGCCUUUUGUCUCACGCCUCUGAUCCUGCUCUCAGUAAAUCUGAAUGUAAAGAUAAUGAUUCAGAUGACAGUGUGAAUGAAGGCAGUCCCAAGCCACCACCCAACCGACAGCACCGGAAGGAGAAAAAGGAAUUCCCUAAACCAGCUAUCAACGGUCUGCCUCCCACUCCUAAAGUACUGAUGGGAGCCUGUUUCUCUAAAGUGUUUGAUGGCUGUCCCCUGAAGAUCAACUGUGCCACAUCAUGGAUUCAUCCUGACACCAAAGAUCAGUACCUAAUCUUUGGGACAGAGGAUGGCAUCUAUACGCUGAAUCUUAAUGAGCUGCAUGAAGCCACAAUGGAGCAGCUGUUCCCGAGGAAGUGUACGUGGCUGUACGUUAUCAACAACAACCUGAUGUCUUUAUCUGAAGGGAAAACCUUCCAGCUGUACUCCCACAAUCUCAUCGGGCUGUUUGAGCAGCUGAAGAAGCCCGGCUUGGCUGCUCAGUUCCAGACUCACCGCUUCCCAGACAAAAUUUUACCCAGGAGGUUUGCCUUGACAACUAAGAUCCCUGACACAAAGGGCUGUCACAAGUGCUGCAUUGUGAGAAACCCAUACACAGGCCACAAGUAUUUGUGUGGUGCGCUGCAGUCUGGGAUUGUCCUGUUGCAGUGGUAUGAGCCCAUGCAGAGGUUUAUGCUCAUCAAGCACUUUGACUUCCCUCUUCCCAGCCCACUGAAGGUGUUUGAGAUGCUGGUGGUCCCAGAGCAGGAGUAUCCUCUGGUGUGUGUGGCCAUCAGCCAGGGCACAGAGCCGAGCCAGGUGGUCCGCUUUGAGACCAUCAACCUCAACUCCUGCUCCUCCUGGUUCACAGAGAUGGGAACAACUAAUCAGCAGGUGGAUGCAAUCCAUGUCACCCAACUGGAGAGAGACACAGUGUUGGUGUGUUUGGACCAAAAUUUGAAGAUUGUUAAUCUCCAGGGCAGACUGAAGUCCAACAAGAAGCUGGCAUCUGAGCUCAGUUUUGACUUCUGCAUCGGAUCUGUUGUGUGCCUUCAGGACAGCGUCUUGGCCUUCUGGAAACAUGGCAUGCAGGGAAAGAGCUUCAAGUCAAAUGAGGGUGGUGGUUCUGGAGAGCCGACCCACAGACAACCCCACGGCCCUGAGCAACCUCUACAUUUUAGCCGGUCAUGAGAACAGUUACUGAGCCUCUUCCAUAGACGGGAUGUUUUUUUUUUUGUUUUUGUUUUUCUAGAAAAAGCCUCAAUUUUGGGAGAAAACUCCAGACUUUCACCUACGGUCCUGUGUCAAGGGAAACGUCUGGUUUAAAACCGUUUUUUGUUACUGAACUUGGGAUCGACAGGUCAGUAAAAGAGGAGGCUCUUCAGUCUGGAUUCAUGAGUAGCCUUACACCAGCAACACGUUCACUGUGUCUCCGCUUGUUAGGAAAUGACAAGGAAACUGUUACGAGCAGAAGGUGGAGAAAUAAUAAAAAGCUCAAAUGAACAAUGUUACUUAGCAUUUUUCUCACUUUUCUGUACUGUGGACUGAGUUACAAACGAGUUAUCUAGAGGUAUUAUUGACAAAAAGUGCCAUUAAAAUUCACAAGAAUUUGUGAUUGUAUUAGCAAACAACGGGAGAUUUAUUGUGUUAUUGUCUGUAACAUGUCGCUCAUAAUCACCGCCAGAGGCAAACCUGGCACAAGAGGAGAUUUUGUAGUCCAACUAAUAGAUCAGUUUAAAAACCGAAACCCACGAGCAUUGUGGGUUAUUUAAGCAAUAUUUAUUAAUCUCAUGUUAAGUGAUAGGGUAUGUUUGAUUUACAGAUGGUGUUAGCAGACAGCGACAGUGCAGUCCUGCUGUGUGAGGAUUAACUACCUAGUGAACAGUUCCUGAGCAGCUUUGGGUUAUUUUUACUGCUAUGUAAUAUAGUCGCAUCUCUCCUGCUCUGCUGCAUUUUUAGAAGUUGGAUAUAAUGUACAUUUUUUCCUCUUUUUUUUUUUCUUUACCUUCCUCUUUUAUAGACUUUUACUUCUCAUUAUUUGCACCAUGUAAGCACUUUUGUACAUUUUUUUAAUUUAAAAUAAAAUGACAAAAUGAGGGACGAUGCUAGGUUUUUGUUAACAUCUUUGCAUUCCCUUCGCAAAAUGUUUAAUGUAUGCUGUUUUUGUAAUAAAAAAAGCUGUUAACAAGA